UCCCCCCAACGUCCCCAAGAGUCCCUACAGCGGUCCCAGUGCCUCCCCUCCCCCCAACGCCACCAGUGCCCCCAGUACUCCCAGUUCCCACCUCCCCCCGCCCUGGGGCGGGGCCACCCAUCCCAUAAAGGCUCCCCCUGGGCUACCUGGGCCAGACCCGCUCGCCCCGGCCCGGCACCAUGAGCAGCGCUGCGGAGCCCCACGGCGACAGGAAGCUCCUGAAGCCGCUCAUGGAGAAGCGUCGCCGUGACCGCAUGAACCGCAGCCUCGACCGGCUUCGGCUGCUGCUGCUAGCAGCCACCUGCGACGAGCGCCUCCGAAACCCCAAGGUGGAGAAGGCCGAGAUCCUGCAGAAAACGGUGCAGUUCCUGCGGGUGCAGCCCCUCUCAGAGCCCUCGAGGACGGAGGAGCUGUUCCUGCGGCGCUACCGCAGCGGCUACCGGGAGUGCUUGGCCCGUGCUGCCCGUUUCCUGCAGGCCAUCCCAGCAGAGACUCCUUGUCUGGGCCUGGGCCCUACGGCUGUCUGCCCCCCGCUGUUCACCGCCGGCCCUGCUGACACCUCCGGGCCCCCCAGCCGCCACGGACUGCCCACGCUGCGAGUGGGGCCCGGGCUGCUCUGGUUACCACAGUUACGGGCCCGGUUACCACAGCUUUGGGCCUACUCCUGGGCCUGGUCUGGGGCCUACUCACAGGCCUGACUGCGGCCUUGGUUAUCGCCCUGGCGAUGGCCCCCUGUUGCCCUGGCGAUGGCCCCUGUUGCCCUGAUGAUGGCCCUGGUUGCCCUGGCCACAGGUCCAGGUGUCCUGGUUGCCACAGUUAUGGGCCUGGUCUGGGGCCUACUUUUGGGCCUACUUUUGGGCCUAGUUGGGGGACCAGCCUGGGGCCCCAGCAUGGCCCUAAUUGCCAGCUCUGGUUGUGGCCCCAGCGGCCAUGAGGACUCACGGCAGCGCUGUGCCAAGGAGGAGGCACCAGGGGAGGGUGGGGGGCUGCUGGGGCCACCCCACCAUGUCUGGAGACCCUGGCCCUGAGCCAUAGACACUUGG